GUGGGUUAAGGCACUGGGAAGGGGAUUGGGCUUUUUAGUGCCAACCUGGUUCCAAGCAUGAGGACAAAAGGCUCCUGCCCCCACUCGCUGCAGUUUCACCCAUAUACCUGCUGGCAGGGGGAGUGAGACCCUGGCUGAGCUGCAGGGAAGGCAUGGGCCAGGGGAGAAGAAUCAUAGGUGUUUGCUCUGAACAUGUGCCCAGGAAGUCCACCCACCCACCUGCCUGCCCACCUGGUUACUCUUGCUUGGCUCAUUGGCUUGGAAAGCUCCACCCAGCAGGGGAGUAAAGAACAAAAGCUGCCUCCAGGAGGCCUUCGGACAGACGGGCAAACAGACCAGCCCGGGGACAGGAGAGUGGCUGCUAGACCCAGGAAAGGUCCUUCCAGGCCCUGUGGCCCCCAGGCCCCAAGCGGGUGCACACAGACCCCGAUCAUCCACGCCGGGAACCCAGGCCGCCGUCAGCAUGAACUGGGCCUUCCUGCAGGGCAUCCUGAGCGGGGUGAACAAGUACUCCACGGCGCUCGGCCGCAUCUGGCUGUCGGUGGUCUUCCUCUUCCGCGUGCUGGUGUACGUUGUGGCCGCCGAGGAGGUGUGGGAUGACGAGCAGAAGGACUUCAUCUGCAACACCAAGCAGCCCGGCUGCCCCAAUGUCUGCUACGACGAGUUCUUCCCCGUGUCCCACGUGCGCCUCUGGGCCCUGCAGCUCAUCCUGGUCACGUGCCCCUCGCUGCUCGUGGUCAUGCACGUGGCCUAUCGCCAGGAGCGGGAGCGCAAGCACCGCCUGAAGCAUGGGCCCGACGCCCGGUCCCUGUAUGACAACCCCAACAAGAAGCGAGGUGGCCUCUGGUGGACGUACUUGCUGAGUCUCAUCUUCAAGGCGGCCGUCGACGCCGGCUUCCUCUACAUCUUCCAUAGGCUCUACCGGAACUAUGACAUGCCCCGCGUGGUGUCCUGCUCCGAGGAGCCCUGCCCACACACUGUGGACUGCUACAUCUCCAGGCCCACAGAGAAGAAGGUUUUCACCUGCUUCAUGGUGGCCACGGCCGUGAUCUGCAUCCUGCUCAACCUCAGUGAGGUCACCUACCUGGUGGGCAAGAGGUGCCUGGAGAGCCUCGGCCCCAGGCACCAGCGGUCUCGCCACCAGGCUCACCUGCCCGAGACGUGCCCACCAUAUGCCCUCUCCCAGGAGGAGCACCCCCAAGACGGGAACUCUGCCUUCAUGAAGGCCAAAACUACUGCGGUGGCUGCAGGUGGGUAUCCAUAACCAGUGAGGUCGGCAGUUGAGACCACCAGAGCCUCUGCCUGCUGCCUAAGGCCAUGGGAGGGCAGUGACAUCUUUUCUUCAGCAGGGCAGGUGAGGAAGGUGGGUGUGGCGCUCAGGGACCCCACCCAGAGGCCAAUGCUGGGAAGCAGUUCUGUCCCCAGGUCCUGGCUGGCAGGGAUUUUGUAUAUGGCUAUAGGGUAGGUCAAACCCUUAAUAAAUAUGAUUUUCACA